AUGAACGGAAAAAUUGUCUUGUUUUUAUUCGCGGUCGGCUUUGUUGGACAGGCCAUGUCAGCCGCAACCAAUACUACAGUUGAAGUCGAAGACCUUAAAAAAGUUGCUGAUCAAAUGUCACAAACUUUUAUGUCUGUUGGCAAUCAAUUAUUGGGAAUUGCCCAACAAUUCAUUGAACAAUUUGGAACUAUAAUGACUAAAGGAUUCGAAGACAUGGACACAGAUAUUAAUAAAAUGAUGGAUAUCGUUAAAAACGCUGACCCGAAAUUGGUUGAAAAAUACGAUGACUUACAGAAGGAGUUGAAAAAACACCUUGGUGCUGUCAAAGAUCUGUUGGAAGAUAAAAACGGUGAAAAGGUAGAAUUAAAUAAAAUCACCGAAAACGUUAUCAAAACUACCAAUGACAUGGAAGCUACCAUGAACAAGGCCAUCGAUGGAUUCAAGAAACCAUGA